AACUAUAUCGCUGUCAUGUUAAAACCAUGCAUGUAACAGCUGUACACCCCAAUGUGGUUUCAUGACAAAACUCUUAAAAUUCAUGUCGUCGCUCAUCUCUGUCCCAUGGCUGCCAUCUUUGAGCUGGGAGGAGCAGGAACAGGGAAGUGCAGUACGGCGUGAUUCUGCUGCAUUCAGGUGCGCAGAUUUGCAUACGAGUUGGCCAGAAGAUAUGGGUGCAAAUAUCCAAGUGGAUGGGAUGCCACCAAGAUGGCAGGAAAGGACUGGCUCACCUCCUUCCUUGAAAGGAACAACACCUUAUCUAUUCGUAGACCCCAAGCCACCAGCAUGUCCCGUUCCACUAGCUUCAACAGAACAAAUGUGUCCUCUUUUUUUAACAACCUGAAUUCAGUUCUUGCCCGCUACCUUUUUAAAGCAAAGGACAUCUGGAACGUGGAUGAAACAGGUACCACAACGGUCCAGGAGCCAGGUAAAAUUAUCGCCACCAAGGGGAAGCGCCAGGUCGGUGCAGUGACCUCUGGGGAAAGGGGGACAUUGGUCACCAUUGCCCUUGCUGUUAAUGCACAAGGCAGUUGCAUUCCCCCGUAUUUCAUCUUUCCCAGGAAGAAGUUCCAGGACCACUUUGUUAGCACUUUGCCAGACACACCCGUGUGAACCUGGAGUCGAAGGUGCUGCUCCUCCUUGACAAUCACUGGUCACACCUUUCUGUGGCAGCAAUUGACUUUUGUCGGUCAAACGGCAUAGUCCUCCUAUCUUUCCCACCCCACUGCUCACAUCGUCUCCAGCCGCUUGACAGGAGUGUGUUCGGUCCGUUGAAACGAUAUGUUAACGCAGCGGCAGAUCACUGGAUGAGAACACACCCUGGAAAAACGUUGACCAUAUACGACAUCCCAAUCCUAGUGGCCACAGCUCUGCCACGUGCAGCAACACCCAGCAACAUCACAUCUGGCUUUGUGUGCACUGGCAUCUGUCCUUUCAACCCAGAUAUUUUUGAGGAGCAAGACUUUUCACCUGCAUAUGUCACUGACCGCCCAGUUCCAUGUGUAGGCCUACCAUGUGCUCCCACACCACAUUCUAACACAGACCCAUACAGCCAGAGCCUAUUUGAGGGAGGACGUCUGCCAGAGUAUCCUGCUGGUUCAACCAGAGAUACCAUCCCUGACCACCCAGCUGUCAGUUCAGCUGUCCCUCCUGAAGAAAGGGGAAGUCCAUGUCUGUUCAUUCCAGAAGCUGUACGUCCCUUUCCCAAGGCUGGUCCGAGAAAGGAUACAAAACGGAGAGGCAAAAGGAGGUCAACGGCGAUCCUCACUGACUCUCCGGUGAGGGCAGCUCUGGAGGAGGAGCAACAGAAGAGGAUCCAGAAGAAGAAGCCCCAGAAGAAGCCGCCUGCUCCAAAGAAAAGGUUCCUCACGGUCGAAAACACUUCACCCACAGUUUCCUCGGACAAGGAUGAGGAAUGUCUUGUGUGUGACGAAACAUCCAGCUCAUCCUUGCCUGGGGAAGUGUGGGUUCAGUGUCUCUUUUGCCAGCUCUGGUCACAUGAGGCAUGCACUGAGGGUGCAGAACAUUAUAUCUGUCACAACUGUGACAAUGAGUAGGCUAAUGCCUUUUUAAUGUUCCUUUUUGUUUGUUUACAUAAGUCAGGUUUCCAUCAAAGUUAUGGUGGCAUCCCUUUGCUGUUUUUGUUUCUAGGUUUCACUAGAGGAACAUUGAGGAACAGCUGAUUUCGGUAGGUCACCCUCACAUUUUAUCCCUCACAUUUAGGUUAGCCAUACCUUAGCUUUUCCACCUCCACCUCCACCUAUGAAUUUUUUGUGUUUCCAGAAGUUUUUAUGCACAUUUUGAAUUUACACAUAAAAACUUGACUACUGAUAGAUUAUUUUGAGAUUUUAUGCUAAUUUAGUUUAAUUUUCAUAUUGUUCAUACUGUUGAAUGUUUUAUAAAAUGG